UAGAUGCGCCGCAGCGUGGGGAUUCCGCCGGAUUACCCGGCGUGCCCCGCGGCAAAAUGGCGGCCUGAGGCGGGAGCGCGGGGCCGGGCCGAGCGGGGGCAAAGUUUGGGGCGGGCCCGAGGCGGCGCCGAACCGGGGCCGAACCGGCCGCAAAGUCCCCGGCAGCCCGGGCGGAGCCGCGCCUCAGCGGAUCAGAGCCGGGCUGCGGCCCCGCGGGCGGGCAGCGGGCAGCGCGACCGGUUGGGGACCGAGCCCGGGCCUGGGCGGGGUCCCCGCGCGUCGGCCCGGCGCUGGCGGCCCUGCCGGGCGGCUGCUGCGAGCGGCGGCUGCCCCGGCCCGGCCGCGCCCGAAUCAGAGACGGAACGGACAUAAAGUGACUACAUAAGAGGAAGCAAUGAAUCCUUGCUGAAGCAUCAGACCGCAGGAGCUGUUGGCCAGACGCUGCUGGAUGUUGACGGGGAAAGCUGACUCGGAGACAAGCAGCCAGAGAUGUUUGGACACAUCGUCACUUUGGAUCUGGCAUCUGAGUGAGUGUCCUUGCUUCAUGAGGCUUCAGAUUUGAGCCCAGGCUGGUAACCUGCUGUCGGAGCCACGUAGGUGGGAGGAUGUCAAGCACAGCUCCAUCCAAGAAGCCUUACCGCAAGGCACCCCCGCAGCAUCGUGAGAUCCGCCACGACGUACCCAUCCUUCGUGACGACCAGGAUGGCAUGAUCUUGGCUGAACAGAGUCAGGAUUCCUUGACGGAUGCAGAAAGGAUGAAGCUACUGCAGCAUGAGAAUGAGGAACUGCGCCGACGGCUGACCCAUGUGACUAACAAAAUGGAGGCAAUGGAGAGGGAGCUGGAGUCGGGUCAGGACUACCUGGAGAUGGAGCUGGGCCAAAACCGUGAGGAGCUGGAGAAAUUCAAGGACAAAUUCCGUAGGUUGCAGAACAGCUACACUGCUUCCCAGAGAACCAAUCAAGACCUGGAGGAGAAGCUGCAUGCCCUGAUUAAAAAGGCAGAGAUGGACCGCAAGACGCUGGACUGGGAGAUUGUAGAGCUCACUAAUAAGCUGCUUGAUGCCAAAACCACUAUCAAUAAGCUGGAGGAACUCAAUGAGCGGUAUCGGCAGGACUGUAACCUUGCAGUACAGCUGCUCAAGUGUAACAAGUCCCACUUCAGGAACCACAAGUUUGCUGAUGUGAGUAGCAGUCCUGCUGAGCUUCCCUAUGAGCUGCAGGACAUGGUCAAUAAGCAUUUGCACAGCACUCAGGAGUCUGCAAGCCCUGGUCAAGAGGCAGCCCACACCUUGGCCCCAUCUGAUGUUGUGCCCACCUCAGUCAUUGCCAGAGUCUUGGAGAAACCAGAAUCUCUGGUUCUGAAUUCAGCCAAGUCUAGCAGUGGCAGCUGUCCCAUGGCUGAGGAUGUCUUUGUGCAUGUUGACAUGAGUGGAGCUGCUCCUGAUGCCUGCAACAGUGCAGGUCAGAUGGGGAAAGAAGGAGGAGAUAUGGGAAAGCGGCAGAACGGUGGCUGCAAGCCACAAAGCAGUGUGGAGAGUGUGUCAGAGGAGGUGCCUGCCUUUGAGAAGUUAAGUCCAUACCCUACACCCUCCCCUCCCCAUCCUAUGUACCCUGGACGCAAAGUGAUUGAAUUCUCUGAGGACAAAGUGAGGAUCCCAAAGAACAGCCCCCUUCCCAACUGUACGUAUGCUACACGCCAGGCCAUCUCUCUCAGCCUGGUGCAGAGCGAAGAUGAGAGCUGUGACAGGCACCGGACGCUCCCCAACAGCCCUGCUUCUGAAGGGCGCCGUUCGGCUUCCAGCUGUUCCUGUCAGCAGUCUCCCAAAGCAGCCAGGGCUCAUGGCUCUUCCCAGAGCAGCCCGUUCAGCAGCCCGCCCCAAAUCCCCAGCGCCUUUGCCAGCUCUGCCAGCUCUGAGGAGGACCUGCUGGCCAACUGGCAGCGCAUGUUCGUGGACAAGGCGCCCCCCACCUCGGAGCGGGUGCUGAUGAACCGCACGGCCUUCAGCCGUGACACAGCUCCCGAGCUCCAGAAGAGGUUCAGCCGCUCCAUGCAGGAGUUGGGUAGGGCAGCCUUGGCUUACUCGGAUGGUGAGGAGUCUGCACAGAGCUGCAGCUGGACCGUGAGCCGGGACUCAAGCGUGGACACAGACAGCACCGAGUCCAGGGCCCGCAGGAGCCAUUUCUCCUCAGACUAUGGUACUGAUUUCUCCCAGGAUGAAGCCCAGAAGUUGCUGCAGGGAAAUGGUGGAGGCACUGCUGAGCCUGGAAGUCCCCUGCCAGAGAAGCACAAGGACUACGUGGAGCUUGGCCUGCCUGAGAGCCCAGCUGAGGAGAGAGAAAUGUUGCUCCAGGGAAGCAAAGAGAGCAACCAAGGAUGUGCCCAAGAGGAGAGUGGAGAAGGCAGGAUCAAGCCUCCGUCUAGCCGGCCACACCGCAGCCCCAAGAGGAUGGGAGUCCAUCACUUGCAUCGCAAGGACAGUCUGACACAAGCCCAAGAACAGGGGAACCUUCUCAGCUGAGGCAGGGGAAGAAGCAGCCACAUGCUGCAGAGCUGUGGGAUGCCUCCAUCUGCCCACCUCCUGAAGGAGCAACCUCCCUCAACACCCUCCAAGUCCAGGGGGACUCAGGGCUCUGCUCUGAAAUUUUUAUUUAUUCUUUUUUUGAUACGUGGAAGAGCUGGGGUCCUCCUUCCCCAGCUCGUCAGACCCACAGAACUAGCACAUGCAGUGCGCAGAAGCGCACCCACUGCCCUGGCACACUCACAGCUCUGUUCACAGCCUCACACUGGUGCCUGUACCUGACCUCACUCUUGGUACCCCCUCAUCCUGGUGCCUGUGCCUCCUUAUGCUCUGAUCUUUCCUCUCUCCCUUCCUACUCAGGUACCUGAGGCCCUGGACUCUCUUUUACGCUGGUGCCCGCAGCUGCUCUGUUCUCUUUUAACUUGUGCCAACAGGGCAGAGUGCCUGUGCGGUGGUGUCUGAUUCCCUGGGAGCCCCCAGGGGCCAUGAGCGAGGCAUGAAGACUCUCCCCGUGCAUGGCUUGUGCCCCGGGGAUGCGCUGGGUUUGCUGGUGUCUUCUUUUCCUGCUGGAUUUUGUUUUCCCCAGCUGCCCUCUGGGUAGGUGAUGCCGAAGGGUGGUUCUCCUUCAGAGUCUGCCUCUGCAGGUCCCUCUGCCUGGCUCCUGUGCCGCACUCAGCACCCGGCCGCUGCAGGAGCAAUGCACGGAUCCCUGUGCUGUGGUGUGGGGCGCCGGUGCUAUCUCUGCUGAGGCGGUUUGGGGAAGCCAGCCUGCGCUCUUCCUGGGGGAGAAGCAUCACCUGUUGGUUGCUGGGGUUUGUGUUUGUGUGUCUCCUCCCUUGCACCUCUUCCCCCACUCUGUGCUGUUGUUUUGUUCAGAUGGUGCUGAUUCUUUGCUCUUGGGUGGGCUUCUUUCUUCUUUCCAGGCCUUUGGUUUUGGGGUGUAUUUUUUUUGUUUUGUUUUGUUUUCCCCACCCUGCAUAAACAGGCACAGCGGUUGGCAGCCAGUCUGUUGCCUGCAUUAAGGGAGCGUUGAGGAGGAUCCGCUCUCAGAGCUGUGCUCCCUCUGAUCCUGGCUUCCAGCCUGUGGCAUAUCCCUCCAGACUUGAGAAAAAGAUUUCACCCCAGGUGAGCAAGGAGUGGAGGACACUGCUGGAUUUUUCUGGGCAGGGCUCCCUGCGAGGCUGUCAGGGGAGCGAGGACAAAGUGCUGAGGAGCUGCUGCCUGCAGAUACACUACCUCACGGCUCGGUAGCAGCCCUUUGCCUGGGUCUCUUUACGUGUCCCCUUCUCUGGCGGGGGGGGUUCCAGGCCAGCUCUGGCGCCUCGCCGGGGCCUCCCCUUCUGGGUAGGGCCUCUCUGCGUGUUUUUCCUAGUGUAGCGUGAUAUUGCGUGACUUCUCUUCACAGUCUUGUGUGCUCAGUGUCUUAAUGGGGGGUGGGAAGGGGAAAGGUCUGUAGAUGUAGGUGUUUUCUGGGGGCUUGCAAAGCCUGGUGUCCUGUUUAUAAUUUCCUCCUGUGCCCUUGUCCAUCUGGUGUUUCUUAAUUCCGGUAGGGGUGUGAGGCAGAGCAUCAGCUAUGUUCCCCUUGCACCCCGCUGGCCUGCUGUCUGUCUUUUGAGUUGGGUUUGUGUUGUCUUCCCGCCAUACUCGGUGAGUACUCUUUGCUCUCUGGCUGUGCUGGAGGAGAGCAGCCCUCUGAUCGGGAGGGAGCUCUUGUUCAGAUGCCAACAGCAAGAGGUGGAGCCGCCAGCUGUCCAGGGGUCUGGCUCCUCUCCCAGUAAAACCCCUCUCUCCCAAGGGCUUACCACUUGCAGCUGGGGGCAGCCAGGGCCUCAGCUUGAGCCUGGAGGCUCCAGGGCCUGUGAAAGGAGCUGCAGGCUGCUCUGGUGGCUGUGUAAUUUGCUUUAGGUACCUUGAUUGUAGCUGCUGCCUGCACGCUCACCUUGUUUCCCACCUCUAACAGUUGUGGAGCUGGAUGCAUCCUCUGGAGUAGAGGUGGGACUUCAUAUUUCACUGCAGUAUUUCACUUGAUACCUGUGCUGACAGGCAGGCUGGUACUGAGAGCAGAAGCCUCCUCUUAGCUUGCAGAGCACUAAUCUCCCUUGUCCUGGAUGUGGGGUCCUUGUGUCUGCUCUCACCAUCCACUCUCCUGCUGUGUUUCUUCUGUUCUUCUGCAGCAUUACAGGGGGCUUUAACCUGUGGCGGCCACCAGCCCCUGGCUGCUGGGCGUCAUCUUGGGUCAGGUGCUCACUGAGCAGCACCCCUUGCUCCGAGAGUGCUCAUGGUGUAUCCUGGGGACAGCACGGCCACUCGGGCUGGCUGAUGUGGGUUAGCCAGCCUGUCAUCUCCAUUGCAGCAUGGGAGGCAUUGCCCCUGGGGUUCAGUCCCUGCUCUCCCAGCUCCUGGCAUGCUGGCAGGGGGACAAAACCCACUUUUGCUGAAGCAGCUGGUGCUGAUGGCAGAGGUAGCCUCCACUCUUGCUGCUGUUCACAGUAGCCUAAAAACAAAACGAUGAGGGGAUGGAAGAGUGGAAAGGAGUGCCUGUAGCCUUCCCAGACAUCUUUGCUCUGCAGCGCUAGGCUGCCGGCAAGGCAUUGAGGGGAAGCCAGCAGCCUCGAGAGGAGCGGAGCCCCCCAGCAGGCACGGUGCCUGCCCUCUGCACUCCUACACAUCUCUGGCAGUAUUGGCUCUGGGCCUCGAGUGGGCCCCACUUUCAGUGUCCCAACUCCAGACUGUUAAUGUGUAACUAAUGUGUUUUUUCUGAAAUUUUCAAACUGAUGUAUAUUUUAAGACCAGAAAUAAACUAUUUUAAAAGUA